GAGACUAAAAAGCAAAGCGCAGGGGUCCGAGCGCUGCUGCUGCAUUGCAAGCUUGCGACGAGCCCCCAGUGAGUGCCAGAGUGCCCCCCCCCAGUCGACCAGAAGAAGUUCCCGCUCGCGCCGUCGAUCAGCGUUGCAUGCAACCGUCAGAUUGCUUUUAUCCCAACAUCAGACGACGGACUCUUCUCGCCCCCUCCUGCUCAAUCUGCGGCUGCGCUGCUGUCGACCUCCGACCGCUCCCUCCCAGUGCUCCCUAGGCCGCCUCCCUAGGUCGCUCUCCGUUAGCCUACCCAAACUACUGAUCCUAGGCCUCGACCUCAUCACAUCGCCCGCCCGUUCCUUCGUCCAGUCGGGCCGCCCACCCCCCCUGCUCCACCACCGCCUGUCAACGCAUUGCAGAGCCAGACGGCAUCAUUCCCGCAUGCCGAAUGCAUAUUGACGCCGCGCCCAACCACUCCGCCUGACGUGAUGGACGGCCACGAGCCACGCGCUCAACCAGUCCCGGCCUGGCCGUUGCAAAAACCGCUGGCCAACAGCAGCCUGAACCUGCACGACGCCACACCCACCGACUUCUCCGCCGACGCCGCCUCGGGCUCCUUUACCCCCACAGGCCCGCCCCCAGACGCCCAUCACCUGACGAAAGCCGAGAACAUCCCGCCUGCAGCUGCAGGUGUUGCGACUGCCGCUGCAGAGGACACCCCUCUCCCCGACUCCACAACCGCCAGUGUCAUGGAAGACGGCAUGAGCAUCUUUGACGACAAACACGCCGACUCCCUCGCCGAGCGCGCCGUGCGGGAGCACCUCCAGGAUCUCGAGUCCAGCUUCGUUCCGCCCAUAUCGCCACUGCCCGCCAUCACCGCCAACGGCUUCGACGACACGUACCUGUUCGACUCGCCAAUCAAGAAGUCAACGAGCCCCGCCGAGCACCGCAGCCAGAACCAAAGCCCGACUCCCACGAAGCCCGCACUAGAGGCGCCGGGCCCGGCAUCGGAAAUACCCAUGUCUCUGUCCGUUGGCUACAGAAACCCAGCCUUGUCGACUCCUUUAUCACCCUCGCCGACGCCCUCUGCCAGGUCUCGCGACGCGAAGCAGGCGCCAGCCGAACAGGACGAAAGCCUGUACGACACGAGACCGCGCCACGACGCCGCCGACACUAGCGCCACGACUGAAUCACUCGAGGCCUUCUCCUCAUCUCCCACAGCCGCCGCCGCCGCUCGCACAAUCUCGAGGGCACUAUCUACGGCCAGCAUAGGCAAGACAAAUGGCGGCGACGCCGAUACGUCCCGAAUCGAGGGCAACACAUUCUCAACCGGCGAGCCAAGCGCCAUGGCGGAGAGCAGCCUAAAUCAAGCACCAGCGGGUUCCAACAGCAUCCUGUCUCCCGGCUCUGACGCGUUACCUAAGCCUUCCCGCAGUUCUCGAAAGUCGUACAUAGAUGCAGGAAGUACCCCUGGCCAUGCCCUCCGCGUCGGCGGAAGGCCCAAGUACCUGCGCAGCCGCCAGACGAGCCAGCGGUCCUCAGUUUCGUCGGUGGAUAGUAAUGAUAGCUCUCACGACGAUCGGGAUAGCGACGUGACCGUCGGUGCAGGUACCGACUACGCCCUGCAGUCUGGAGGCGCGCUGCCGGCCCUAGGAGUGUCGCGCGGUCUCAGCAGGAUCAUGUCGAGAUCCAUCAGCAUGGGGAGCAUAGCAUCGGGCAUAGACGACCACGAGACGUCGGGAAGGGCGCUGGAGACCCUCGACGAGGACAGCACCGAGAUGAACAGAUUUGGUCAGGAUCUUCUCCAGACGCCCAAGGCCAGUCGCAAACUCGCGCCACCGACCGAUACCGUCAUCAACAACCGCGUUAUGAACGUUCAGGUUCCCGAGUCGCUUGCCCGCGAGUAUAAGAAAGGCGGGUUCUUGACUGCGUCUAGGAAGCCAUCGGGCAUGUCCUCUGUCAGCACGCCGAGUCGGGCUAAGACCCUGACUCUCAAGGAGCAGAGCAGCACCAUCGAGAGACUGUCCAAGGAGAACUUCGACCUGAAGCUCAAGAUCACGUUCCUUAGCGACCGGCUGAACAAGCUCUCCGAGGAGGGUGUUAAGGAGAUGAUCUCGGAGAACGUCGAGCUCAAGACGGGCCUCGCAGUCCUGCAACGUGACAACAAGCUGCUGCGCAGGCGCGUGAAGGAGCUCGAGAAGCAGCUAAAGGACGAGGACGAGCGGCCGAGCACCGCCCGCAGUGGCACAUCGGUCAACGGCCAGUCCGAGGCUGCCGACCAGGAGGCCCAGGAGCGGGAGGAGGAGCUGAUGUACCUGCGCGAGCGCAUAGAGGAGUACGAGGCCGAGGUCGAGAGGCUGAGGAACGAGAACAUGACCAAAGAGACGGAUAAGCGCCGCAUGGCUGAACAUCUCAGGUCCCUGCAGUCGGUGGGCGAGAAGCAUCUCGGGGAGUCUAUGGGCCGCCAAGAGGAGGCCGACGUCUGGAAGGAUCUCCUGGAGCAGGAGACGGCGCAUCGCGAGCAGGUGGAUGAGGAGAACCGGAAGCUGCGAGACGAGAUCUUUCGAUUAAAACAAGAAGUCGCGAGCAACGCCCCUGGGAGCGUUGUCGCCGGCAGCGGUUCUGGAAGAUUGCAUCACACCACCAACAUCUACAACAUCACCAAGCACCCCAGGCCCGCGUCGCCUAGUCGGCCUCUGUCUUCGUUCUCUGGCGAGAUGGAUGGCUCUAACGGACUUGUCAGCGUCGCCAGCACCCUGGUCGAGGAGCUGCGGCGCGAAGGAGAACAGCUCCGCCACGAGAACGCCGAGCUCAGGAGGGAAGUCGGUGCUCAGACGUCGAUGCUGACAUCAAGGAAUCGGGAGAAGGAACGGCUGUAUCAGGAGAUAGAAGACCUGAAGCUGGCGGCGCGACGCGGUGGCCCUGCCCCGUCGACAAUAGACAGCCUUCUGGACCGGUCUGCAUCCCGGGCCGGGGUCAGAGAGAGGCCCGGGUCGCGACACAGCGGCGGCACCAGGGCGCUGACCAGCGUCGAGGAUGCCGAGCGGGAGGAGAUGGACGCCAAGAUGUCGGAGCUGCGCGACAAGAUCAACGAGCUCAAGCUGCGGAACCAGGACCUGCAGAACGAGCUCAACAGUUGCACCGAGGACUUUGAGACGGCCCUCGAGGGCAAGAAGCAGGCCGAGGAGAUUGCGCUGCAGCUCCAGGAGGACCUCGAGAAUGCGCUGAACGACCUGAUGAGCUUACAGAACGAACGCGACGAGGCGCUGCAGGAGAACGACCAGCUGCAGGUUGAAUUCGAAAACCUGAGGAAGGAGGCGCAGGACGAGCUCGACAACCUAGACCAGGAGCUAGAAGCCAAGACGGACGAGGCGCAGAAACUGCAGCUCGACCUCACGGAGCGCACCGAGAGCUUCAACGCUCUUCAGGACGAGAUGCGCAAGCUGAGCGAAUCGCUGAUCGGGCUGGAAGACGAACAGGAGAACAAGAUGAAGCGGAUACAGUCGCUGGAGCAGCAGCUGGCGGACGCCAACAAGGAGCUCGAGGAGCUCGAGUCCAAGCUGCUCGAGUCCAACGACAAGGCGCAGCGGCUGAGCGUGCAGCAGGAGUCGGGCCAGGACGAGAUUGCGUUCCUGCGCGAGGAGCAGGAGGGCGACAAGAUCCGGAUCGGCGACCUCGAGGCAUCGCUGGCCGGUGUCGAGCAGAGCCUGCGCGAGGAGAAGGAGAGGGUGCGCGAACUGGACCAGCGCCUGACGGUGGAGAGGCGGCAGCGCGAGAUUGUGGCCAACCGCGAAAAGGAGGAGGUGCAGCAGUUCGUUAACGAGCUCAACGUGCAGGCCUCGGCGUCCAAGGACGAGGCCAGGCGGCUGCGCAAGAGCCUGAACUCGCGAGAGAGGGAGGCGACUGAGUGGAAGGAGCGGCUUAUGGAGCUCGAGAACAACCUGCGCGAGGCUCUGGGCGACCUGAACGGGACUAGGUCGAGCCUGCUCAAGUCCAUCGCCAAACUCCAGCGUCAGCUCGAGGAUACCGUCCGCGAGCUGGAUACGGCCAAGGCGUCAGUCAUGGAGAAGGAUCGCAUCAUCAAGCAGCGCGACGCCCUUCUCGAGUCUCAAGGGCUCGAGGCGCGUAAGCUAGCGGAUAUGCUGGAGAAGGAGAGACAAGCGCACCGGGUGUCACAGCACCAGUUUGAGACGUUCCAGAAGACGCACCAGCACGUGUCGCGCACCAAUAGCAGUCAGGAGGCGCGCAUCGCGGAGCUCGAGUCGGCCAAGAUGCAGGACAAGCGGCGCAUCUCGCAGCUGGAGAUGACGUUUAAGGAGCAGCUCAACGAGCGCAACACGCUCCUGCUCCAGCUCUGGACGCGGCUGUCGUCGCUCUGCGGCAGCGACUGGGCCCACGACAAUAGCCUCAUCAACGGCAGGGCGCUACCGUCGCUCGAGGCCGUGGCCACGAUGCUUCCCGGCUUCAGCAAAAACCUGCUGGCAGCUGUCAAGACUAUCGAGACGGUGGUGGGCGGAUUCCAGGGCCGCGUGCGCGAUGUGGAGCGGGAUCUGUGGCGUGAGUACAACAGCCUCGAGUCGGCGCUCGAGGCGCGGGCCAAGAAGCUCGAUAAGCUCGAGUCGAUUGUACGUAACGGCGUAGCGGCUGGCACGCUGGGCAAGUCCAACUCGGAGCGCGAGUUGCAGGCGCGCAUGGUGCGCCUCGAGGACGCGUACCGGCAGCUCAAGGUGGAGAACACAACGCUGCGGACGGCCAAGGAGGUGCGGGCGCGGGCGGCGGCAUCGUCCUUGGACGCCGAGGACCAGAACAUACUGGCGCACAGCCCGUCGCCGUCGAUCCCGACGGGACCCCGGGGCGGGUCCAGGGACCGGGCGGCGCUGCAGCGCAACAACGCGGGCAGCAGGACGCGCAGCAGCCACGGGGCCAACCAUGACAGGAGCAACGGUGGCGGCGGUGGCGGUGGCGGCGGCGGGUGGACGGGGGCCAUGCACCUGGCACCGUCGCCGCGGCCGGUGACGGCGGGCGAGCUGGCGCUGGCGGCGGACGACGACGGCCGCAGCGGGUCGGGCAACAACUCGGGGGCCGAGAACGGCGGAGGGUCGGGGGUGGUCGACUCCAAGUGGAUUCUGCGGCUUAGGGAGCUGGAGAACAAGCUCAAGACGGAGCGCGAGGGUCGUGUGCAGGACCGUAGCGCGGCGCGCGAGCGCAUCCACGAACUCGAGGCGCAGAACCGCACGCAGGCUCGCGAGAGCGAGCGCAGGCUGGCGCAGGAGUCGAGAGGGCGGCAGUGAGGAGGUGCUCCCUUUUGGACUGGAUGAGCCGGCCUGUUCUUUUUCGUCUGGUGGUGUUGUUUUGUUAGGGGCAGCACGCAGCGGCAAGCUGCGUGUGUGCAUAUGCAUAUAUAUAUAUGGAUGGAUCACUGCAGCCUUGUCUUUUUCUCCUUACUUCCUCAUUGCCUAACCGUUUUCUUAAUUGCUUUUUCCCCUUCUUUUUCUUGGCCACGAUAACCUGUACUCGUAUUGUGCUCCUUUGCCCCCAAACUUGUAACCUUGUACUCGUAUUCCUGAAUCUGCUAGAGGUGGUGGUUGUUUCUGGCCCCGACACACAACAUUGCUGUCACUGCCUCGUUGUUUACCCGUCAUUAUCAUAUCCUUCGUCCUGCCUGGCCGCUUCUGCUUUUGUUACCCUGUGGCAUAUCUGGCUAGCUAGUUUUGUGUAUAUACAUAAUUAAUUGCCUUUGGGAAAUAGCACCGUGAGUAUGG